UUAUUUCAAUAAUUUUAAGUUGCAAUUGAAUACCAAUUUUAUUCUUAUUUAUGUAGAAUUUGUGUAAUAUGUGCUGAUAAAAUAUGCAUUAAUAGCAAGCCAGGAGUAUGUUUUUAUGACAUUAAUCUACGAUAAGUUGUCGUGAAAUGUCGAAGGCUGUGCUAAUCCCGGAAUGUACCAAGGACAUCGGUGGCGUAAAGGAGGAUAUAUGUAUAUCUCCUGACAAGAAAGACGGGGCGAUUGGUUUAUUUAGUCGACUUCUACGUUUAGAUGCGUUGAGCAAAAGGCACAGCACGCCAGAUAGUCCUGCAUCUCCUGAUCCUCCUGUUACAUACUAUGGAGUGUAUAUACCUUGCGAAAUUAAGAAAGGUCCUGAUGAAGAGGCUCUGCAUGUGUACAAAAAUAGAUCAGAAGCGUUAGAAUUAGUAAGAAGGUACAAAUCUGCGAGGUUCAAAGUGUUCAGAAAUCAUCAAGAUGCUGUGUCUUUCGCUUUACGAGGAGCCGAAUCUACUGAAACUCAUGAAGGAAAUGGGAACUCUCUCAUGGGAGAAAAGCCAUACCCGUUCAAAUCUCCAUCACCACAAGACAUGGUGUCCCUCCGCAAAGCUAUCGAGGCGGGCUUCACUUGUACAGUCAGAGACAGAGUGUGGGACAACCCUAGAUACCUGGUUAGCAGCGGGAAUACACCUACUAUUGUUCAGGAAGGUUCGCGCUACAACGCCCUGCACAUAGCGGCCAAAUCACUUAACGCUGAAAUAUGCAACUUGCUACUUACAACAGUUGGAAACCCAGCCUUUGUGCAGACUUUGUAUGGAUCUGACGCUGACCAUGAUGCUUGUAAGGAAUUCGCCGGUAUCCUAGUAGACAGAUACCUAAACACACCAGAUCGAGCUAUGAACGAGACGCCAUUACACUUUGCGGCGAAGUACGGAGCGGAGCAGGUUGUGGAUGUGCUGACGUCGUUCCCACAGUGUAAUAAACUCGCUAAGAACAAGUAUGGGGAGACUGCUCAGGAUAUAAUAUGCAACCGCGUGUCGAACCCGAGUGGGGAGACGCAGCGGCGCAUAGCGGGCAUGCUGGCGGAGCGCUACUACGUGCCGGUGCUGCACGCGGAGGCGGACGCCAGCCCGCCCGCCAUCGGCCGCCCCUUCACACCCGCUUCCCCACCUGAUCUAAACAGCGAUCCAAUGUCGCCGCGCUACGAGAUCCUCGCGUACGCGGGCCCGAUGUGCGCGCGCGACGCGGACACGUUCCGGCGCCGCUGGAAGACUCCGCCCCGCGCCUGCGCACACAAACCCGCCGCUUUUAGACUAAGGGACAUGGCCAAGGGGCUAGAGGCGGCCGGCCGAAACUUAGCUGAACAAAUGAACGUGACAUGGAAAGAAUACUGGCCGUUCCUCGAUACAUUCACAGAUCUACGAACGCCUGAAGGACUAGUGAUGCUCGAAAACUAUCUCAAAACUAAAUACGAGACGGCCUGUUCCUUCGCUUAUAGUGACAGUUGCAGCCAAUUGCAGGCCUCCCCCGAUGACUUCUCGAUAUCUAGAAUAAUUAAUAAAUCCAAAAACUCCCCAAAAGAUGCCCUAAGCCCCAUGUCAGAAUUAUGCGCCGCUAUGAAUACAUGCAAGUUAAGUGACAGGCCACAUUGGAGAAAAACAGACCCGGUCAGACAGAGAUUGUGUAGACAACCCAACGCCAAACCUAUAACUACGAAUGGAGAUACAGUAUCCCCAAUGAAUCACACCGUCAGCCAAUUAUUGUGCAUAGAAAGAACGUGCCAAGUGUUCGCUAAACGAAUCGCAGAUGCUCUAAUAUUCUCUUUAACAGCGGAACCAGAAAUUGCUGGAGAAUCUUUGAAAUCUGAAGCGAAACAUUUGCAACACACUAUGUUUACAUACAUGGACGAUGAAAGAUUCAAAGAUAUCAACUUCGCCUUAAUACACUCCAGGCUGGCGCAGCUGGUCGUGUUCAAAUUGAAACAGCAGACCAUAGAUUUGGACGACAUUAAUAAUUUAGUCGAGUUUCUGGUUAAACUGAGGUGUCCGAACGAUGAUAUAUUCAGCUCGGAUGAUGAAAAGCGGCCAUUCACGUACCGCGGGAACAGAAUGAAAGUGAGUCAUGCUGUUGAGGGUCACGUUAGGUGUGUGUCGAGCUUUAUUUGCGAGGAAUUGACGGAAAGUGAAGAGACUAAAGGGCCGGCGGUUUCGGAGAUAGAAUGUAAGGAUAUUUGGGAUAAAGCCUCCAAAUGUCGUUGUGAUUGGAAAAUAGAAGCGUUUGAGAGGAACAGUAAGAAGAAUGCGUCGUUUCGUAAGAAUAGAUCGAUUCUGUCGACGAGCCCGAAGAGCGAGGGGUUCGCAAGACGGCUCAUGUUCGACCAGGACAUUGGGGAUGGUAAAUUACAAAAGAUAGAGAAUGAGAAGCCCCAAAGUGUGAAUUCGCCCGCCGGAGACAGUGUCGCACUUUAUACCGUUGAUGUAGAUAAAUGUACCGUGGAAAGUGCACAGAUAUCAGACGACGAAUCAGAAGGAUCUCCAUCAGAUUCAGAGGCUGCAUACUUUACAGCGAGUGAAGAAGAUAAUACUGUAGAUAGUUCUGAUGAUGAGAUGCAUGACGCGAGUGAUCGGGCUAUAGCCGAGACUUUUAUAUAUGGUGAGGAGCCAUCAAAAAUGGAUCGUCUUGUAUACGAAGCGGUGUCUACUUGCAAUAUUUCACCUGAAGAGUUCCCGAACAUUUAUCGCUGGAGACACACUGUAGCUCUGUACACAGACGUUGAGAGGGAGAGUUGGCAAGCCACAUCAAACCUAGACGGCAGUAUAGUGUCGAGCGUCUCGUGGAGCAUUUGUGGCUCGCCGGCCAGUGUUGGCGCCAGUGUUAGUGCCAGUGCCAGUGUUAGUGCCAGUGCUAGUGCAAGUGCCAAUGUGCCGCCCGCGUGUAGCACGCCGAGGCGAGAGAGGAGUGAAGAUAGGAAUCCAUCGUUACAGUUUCUUCAGGUAUCAAACUGGCUGCGAGUGACAGGCCCCAACUCUCCCCGUUCAGCGCUCGCUACGAAGAACGUGUCUCAAAACGUGAGCUUCGGUUUCUGAGAUACGCACAGAUGAACAUACUGCCUUACUAUACUGUAUAAUAGUGGACGACGGUGCGGAUAAAUUUUAUAUGUACAUAGAUAAUUGUAGAUUUUAUAACGACAAAUUAUAGUAGAUGUAGUAAUGUGGAUAUAAAUUUUUAUUUGUUUAGGAUAUGGAAAGUGAUUUAUAAUGUUUGACUUUUGAUUUCUUGGACAAAAAUUUUAGUAUUAUUCUUAGAUAGGUAUUUUAUAUAUUUAAUUGACAUUGUAAAGCCAUAUUGACGAAUUUGGAAAGAUUAUGUUGACCAUACUUAUGUGCCUAGUGACUUUUAAUGUUUUUCCUUUGAUGACUCACAAUACUGAUGACUCACACUUAUUCCAAAAUUAUAGAUAUAGUAAACAUACUGCCAUCUUUUUUUAACACUGACCUUAAAAAGGACAUGUUAUUUAAAAUAAAUGAUUGAAUUAAGCUUUGAACUGAGGACAAUUUUAUAUUCUUAGUUUAACUAUAAAAAAAAGCUAGAGUUCAUUAAAUACAUGUUUAAAAAUAGUCGAUGAUAUUUAGUACAAAAGUUUCUGUACCGCGUCCAAUAUUAUACAAAACUAUACUGUGGCCAGGCUGAAAUGUGUCAAACUAACGAAUUAUUAUUAAAAGUAUUUAAAAAUAUUACGCCAUGGUCCCUGGUUUUUCUUUUUUUUCGUAGAUUUUUUCGCUAGCGUUUAUUAAUAAUUGGUAUUUUUUAGUUGUAUAAUUAUUUUCUUUUAUUGUAUUAUUGGUUAUUAUUUUUGUAUCGAAUUCUGAAUGAAACAUACGUGUUGAACGUGGUUAAAUUGUAAUUCGGAAUAAAAAUUGUAAUUUUUUUAACAUAUUGCAAAACUAAUUUUAUUGUUUUCUUGCAAAAGUAAGAAGUAAAUAGGUUGUUAGUUAUAAUUGAUAUAAAAUAUUCAAUUAAUAAAAUAUUUCUUAUCUAUUAUUAUAGUUUUGCAGUAUGUUUGAAUUAUGAUUUGUGAUAUGCUGAAAUAUUAUAAAAUUUAUGGUAGGACAAAAUACGAUUUUUCAUAAAAAAAAAUAUCUGACAUAAUAUUUUUCUAUUAGUUCUUAGCAAGAAAUAAAAUUGACAUAAUAUUCAUUAUUAACAAUUGUUUUUUACAAAUGUUAUGUUUACUAACAAUAUAUUGCACACAAAUAUUAAACAUUAUAAGUGUUAUCUGUGAAAAAUAAUAUUAGUUAUCCCAAUGAAUAGUGAAAAUUGUAGUUAUACCAUAAUGAGUUGAAAUUGAUUGUAACGAGGAAUCUUCGACAAAUAUUAAAUGAUAAUCUCAAUGUUUUGUGUUGUUUUUAAUUGAUGUUGUACGUUUCUUAGUUUUAGUUUGUUUAAAGCUUGGUGUAGACUCUUGGAAAAUGUAAGGCGAAAGUCCUAAAAUAUAUGUUUUAUGUUAAAAUGAUUUCAAUAGUUUAGACCAAGUUUAUAGAUGUCUAAUUUGCAUUUCACUGUGUUAUGUAGUUGUACAGUUUUGACAAUAAUGUUGUUCGCAUUCAAAGGCAUUUAUUUUCGUGGACAUUAUGUAAGACGGAAUGUUGCUGGAAGUUGGAGGUGACGAACGUUUGUACUUUUAUAAAUAAUACUGUAUAUAUAAAUGUACUUUUAUAUUCUAUUCGUGGACAUUCAAAGAAAUAAAUUAUGACUGGUUA